GCUUGGAAAAGUGAGGGUUUGUACUACUCACGAUGUUGGGGGUCAAACAUUUCCUAGUUUUGAUACUAUUUCUGGGGCCCCUAUUUCUAGGGGCUCUAGCACAAAACUCAAAUUCUGGUGCAGCUCCAAGAAGUGAUGCCAGAUCUAGAGCAGAGGCGAUUGCUGCUCAGCGCAUGUCUAAAUCCGGAUCUCAGCGCGGUAGUUCAGCUGUAGCAACUAGUAUUGCAAGUGCCACAUCCUCUGCAAACGGUUCGGGGACAAGCGCAGCAGUUGCCAAUGCAGAAUCAACAGCUUACAGUAACGGCAAGGGUUCCUCGAUAGCCACAUCUGAAGCUGAUGCCGUUGCAGACAGUACCAACGGUGGAGCUUCGUAUGCCAACGCUGGUUCAGCUGCCGUUGCCAACAACACAGGCAGUGGAACUGCUAUUGCAGCCGCAGGAUCCAAUGCCGUCGCCAACAGCACCGAGAAUGGAACAUCCAUUGCCGACGCGGGGUCAAAAGCCGUUGCCAAAAACAACGGCAGUGGAGAUUCCUACGCAGGCGCUGGAUCAAAUGCCGUCGCCACGAGCAAUGACGGUAGCACUUCGUAUGCCGGGUCAGGAUCAAAUGCUGCUGCUGACAACACUGAUUGUGGAACUGCCGUAGCCACCGCUGAAUCAAAUUCUGUUGCCGAUAGUACCAGCGACGGAAUUGCUGUAGCUGAGUCCCAAUCAGAUGCUACCGCUACCAAUAAAGGCAGUGGAACUGCAGUAGCCGACUCCGAAUCAAAUGCCGAAGCCACAAGCAAAAACAGUGGCAUUUCUUACGCCGGCGCAGAAUCAAAUGCCGAUGCCACCAAUGACGGCAGUGGAGAUUCUUAUGCCGGCGCCACAUCGGAUGCCGUUGCAGCAGACUCCAAUUCUGUCGACACUGCAGGCAAUGAAGAUUGUCAACCCGACACCAACCAAAAUGAACCAUGCGAAAAUAAAAACUCCUGCUCAGAUUGCUCUAAUAACUGCACGGACGAAGACAAUGGCAAUGAAACUUGCGAAAACGACGAUUCCGGAAAUCCCACUCCUCCUACCAGUGAUGAAACAGGCAGUGACGACACCGGCUCAAACUGCACUGAUAACUGCACGGACGACGACAAUGGCAAUGAAACUUGCGAAAACGACGAAUCCGGAAAUCCCAGUCCUCCUACCAGUGAUGAAACAGGCAGUGACGACACCGGCUCAGACUGCACUGAUAACUGCACGGACGACGACAAUGGCAAUGAAACUUGCGAAAACGACGAUUCCGGAAAUCCCAGUCCUCCUACCAGUGAUGAAACAGGCAGUGACGACACCGGCUCAGACUGCACUGAUAACUGCACGGACGACGACAAUGGCAAUGAAACUUGCGAAAACGACGAUGCCGGAAAUCCCAGUCCUCCUACCAGUGAUGAAACAGGCAGUGACGACACCGGCUCAGACUGCACUGAUAACUGCACGGACGACGACAAUGGCAAUGAAACUUGCGAAAACGACGAAUCCGGAAAUCCCAGUCCUCCUACCAGUGAUGAAACAGGCAGUGACGACACCGGCUCAGACUGCACUGGUAAGUUUGUUUCAUAA